AUGCGCGAAGAGUGUGUAAAGACUCCACCGCCGUAUGUGAGCACACCGAUACAGCGGUCGGAUGGUGUUUUUGACGUCCCCCAAAGUGUAGCAAGUCGAAUUAGUGAUGUGACAAAUCGGGUGGGUGCAGUGUCUAAGGUGUGGCGUUGGGCAAUGGUAGAUCCGAAUUCGUUAGCUGUCAUCAUACCCGUAGAUCAAGAUCCCAGAGAUGUAUCCAGAGAGCGUUUUGUUUCGCUUCUUGAGUAUUGCGAGGAGGAGCUCGGUCUUGAUCGAGUUCUAGCUGUAUUCGAAAAGCCAGGCUUGUCCCUGUCAGAAGGCUUUCCUCGCACUCUUCGGUAUGUCGGUUUCCGUCUUCUUCCGCCCGACUCGAUUCCAGACGUUUUGGCGAAAGACAAUUAUUUUGUAAUGAGCUAUUCUGUCUAGAUUGUCACUAACAUUGUCACCCUUGUUUAUUCAUCAUCUGUCCCGAUUUGGCAUGACACUAUGUAGACUAACUUGUUGUUUAUAUAUAUAAAUUCUGACUGAAAAUCUC